GGCCGUCUGUGGUUCAUAUGGUUAUGGCGGAUAUGGCUGCUGCAAGUGUAACAGUGUUUCUGUCUAUGCUUGCCUGCGAAAGUGCGCAUAUGCUUUUCAGGCUUUGUUGAAGUAGGAGUGUAGCAUGUUUCCUGAAAUGAAUGCAUAUGAAUGAAAACUUAUACUGAUGUGACACGUCGUCAGCUCGUCUUGAAGACUCCACUCAUGGAUGGAAAAAGCAGCACAGGACCAGAUGUAGCUGGGACACCACUUGAGUCAUCUCUGAACACUAACAAAAGUGUCCCAAGAGGACUCCUGUAUCGAGAAUUGGGUUUUAAGCAGAAGUGCAGCAGUGUGUCCCUUGAAUUCCAAAGAGCUGCUGAAGACAGACUGGUCCUUAAGUAUCAUGAAGAGCUGCCUUGUGAACUGCCAGAAGUUCCUAGGUCCACAUUCCUUAUGGUUUUCAGCCCAGAUGGCACAAAAGUGGCCUCAACACAUGGAAAUCAUAACAUUCACGUGACGGAUCUAAAUACAGGGAAGAAUGUGAACACAUUAUCAGGUCAUCCACGAACGCCGUGGUGUAUUGCUUUCCAUCCUUCUUCCAAUCAGAUCCUAGCAUCAGGCUGCCUUGGGGGUCAAGUGAGAGUCUGGGAUCUCCAUGGUGGUAGUGAAAUAUGGACAGCAGAAAGUCAGACCGUGAUUGCAUCUCUGGCAUUCCAUCCCACUGAUCGAAUGCUGGUGAUUGCGACCUACAAUGAACUACAUUUCUGGGACUGGAGUCAACCAAUUCCAUUCACAAAGUGUUACACCUCAAAUCAAAGGGAGAAAGUUAGGUAUGUGGCAUUUGAUCCUCUCGGACAUAAACUCAUCACAGGAAUCUCUAAUGCACCCCACAACCAAAGCCAGUGGGAUCGGGUUGCGAACCCAUCUCGUCGGGAGUCAAGCCUUGCAUCUACAUCUCAUAGUUCUCAUCCUCGUUCAGUUAUGCCAGCAGACCAGGAACGUCGUAUCACUGUAUGCUACCGUUCACUUGUAGAACAGUAUGAACAGCUAGUCCAACGGUACUAUGAUCUCUCACGCUCCAGAACUCCAACGAUGGAUCGAGGCACGGACCCCAUGGAUCUGUCUGAGUCAGCACAGCCAGCCCCCCAGUCUGGAACAUCUGGGGCACAGUCACAGUCUCCUCAAGCUGUACGUAUUCAUGUACGAGGCAUGAGAUUCCUUAUGCGUGAUGACAGCAGUAGUAGUAAUGAGGACAGCGCUUCAAGAAGAGCAACUGGUGGUACGCGACUUCGCCGUUUUCCAGCCGUAAAUCUGGACAGCGUCAGCAAUAUGUUGCGAAGACGUGCACGGCAAACUGCUGCAGCGUUGGGCACAGUGGAUUCAGUAUCUGAACAUGACAACACCGAGCACAGGACAGAGCGUCAUGACUUUGCACAGUCAGCCUCAACUCCAACAAGAAGGUUUGAAUUUGACAAUGUUAACAUAGAAGGACCUGAAAUGCUGCAGGAGUCUGGUGAGCAAGGCUUCAAUCAAGAGCAUAAUAGUGUAUCCCAUGCAUCUGACAUGCAGCAGCAUCUGUAUUCUGCUGCUGAUUCUGCAAGGAGGAGGAGAAGAAGAAGAAGAAGCUUGGAUGGAGAGAGGCAGAUUACACCAAACAGCAUAACAAGGGAUGUGAGUAACCAUCCCAUUGUAACCGAAUCAUCCCCUUCAUCGGAGCGACUUGGUGUGUUCCCCGGACUCCAGUCUGAAACUGUGCCAUCAUCCCCUUGUCCACCAGAGAGACCUCACAGGUUCUUUGUUUCCCAGCGUUCUGCUUUCCAACCGAGAAUUCCAAGAGGGGAUCAACAUGCACGUUCUGGAUCUGGACUGGCAGCUAGACCACCAUCAGGAGUGCAAGCCGCACGGAGCGGUUACUUUCUACACAGACGUCUGAGUGGUGCAUACCAUUCCCAGAACUUUCAGGAUGACACUGAAGAGUCUAGUCAAGGACUUGAUAGCACUUCAGAUGUGGGUGUGAGGUAUGGUAUUCAGCUACUCAGUAGACACAUUGACAGCAUGCAGAGGCUGUGCAGGGCUCGUUUAGAGAUACUGCAGCUGCAGCAAAUUCGUCGCAUGUGGGAAGAUUUGCAGCGACAGAUCAGGUCCCUGCAUGCAGCUGUGAGAGACAGUACGUUCGCUUUAACGGCCAGACAAGACACACCAGUUGGCCCAAACAGGCAUCGGUUUAGACUUCAUGCUGUGUCAGGUGAGGACUCAGGGCUGGGAAUGAGCAGACAGAACUGUCAGAGAAGUGGAGACUCAGAACCGCAUGCCACGGAACCUGGACCACAUAUUCCCAGUGUCAGUCAGAUGCUUGAAUUGGCUCGCAUUAGUGACAUAGGUCCUUCCGUUAGCUGUGAACAUCCUGCAUCAACCAGUGGUGCCAAUUUAACGCGUGGACUACCUGUUACCCCAGGUGAACAGGAUGUGUUGAAUCAGGACAGUGCAAGAAGUGACAGACUUGCUCAGCUCCAUGCGCAGUUCAAAGCUUUGACAGCACUUAAACUUGUGACAGCCGAAAGAAACAGUGCGAAGGAAGAGGGUGAAUGCUCCAGGAAUAAGGAGGAUAUCACAUCAAGAAAGAUUAGUGCUACAAAUGGAAGUACUGCUCAGCCUGUCAGUGCUGCUUCUGAUAGAGUCGUGGCCUGCGAUGGAGAGCCGUCACUUCCACAGAGUAUCAAGCCAAUUUGCUUUGGUGAUCCCAAAGACACUGCUGCAGAUGGACCUUCCUCUCGGCCUGAUUCGGCAGGAAGGAUAGCUGGUAUCAGGACUUCAGGUAUGGAUUGUAAAAGUAAUACUCCAAAAACAGAAAAUGUCAAAAAUUCUCCACGUACUUCUUCUACAAGUGGUGAAUGUAAUGAGACAGGCUCGCUGUGUAAGAAGAAGCGAGGCCCAAUAGAGUCCAAGAGUAGAUCUGCUAAUGUGGAUCUGCUGCAUGACAUUCAAGCCAGUAGCUCUGUUUCAGCAUCUGACCAUGACCUGUGUGCAAGUAGUACUGGUGGUACUCCUAGUAUUCCAACCAUAACCACUACUACCGCUACAACUGCUACGACUGUCACCUCAUCAUCAGCAAUGAACCCAAGUAAUUCAUCUGUUCCAAAUGAAUCUCCAGAGGCUACUGGACACCAGGCAUCGAACAGCUGGUGUAGGUAUGCGGCAGCAUCAGCGUCAGCAUCUUCUGCAGCCAAUUCCCAGCAUCAGCGGUUAUGGCGUAUUACCCACCGAGUUUAUAUGAGAAAACCGAGGCUUUUGGCUAUGGGAUUCAGGUCGAGAGCCAUUACUCGUCAACCAGGCAGCAACAGUACUUCAUCGCAUAGGAAUUAUGCAGCAAGUAUUUUCAGGCAUCAUGAGUCUGGAGGGAGACCGUGGUUCAUGCAGUCAGCCCCAUCUAGAUCUCAGCACACAAGAAUGCCUUCACGAGACACUCGGACUUCAGCACAAGUUGGCACGCAUGACAGCAGGCAGGCAAACUUUGCUGCAGCAGGUGCAAGUAGCAGCUUGAAGGAAGCUGAUGGUGAUCCAGCAGCACCAUCCUCUGAUAUGUCAUCACAAGUUGUGUCAGGCCAGAGCUCUUCACAAAGUGCGAAAAAGCCUAAACUUGAUACAUCUAGCGAGAGUAAUGCCCAGCCUGGUCCCAGUAGGUGGCCAGAAGAAAAGACUGCUUCCUCUGUGCACAGUACUUCUAGUCAUGAGACAGCAGGAGUAAGCAGCGCAACAAUGGCUCAUGGUGCUAAGAGGAGGGUGAACAGUCGCACAGGGCCCAGCAGUGACCCUGGUAACUCUCAGCAGACAUCUACAACUUCUGAGUCUCUCAGUGCGAUGAUUGCACGGUUGGAGUCACUUGUAAGGCAGCAGAGGGAGCAACGGGAGUCACUUCAUCGCGAAAGACGAGGGCAACAGAGCAACAUGUGGGAGUUACGGGACCGACAUUUGUGGUUCAGGGCCGGUGCCAAUUCUGGCAGUGACAGUGAUAGCAACCCUGAGAGCGACAGGCAUCAGCCAUGUGGACAGCCAUCUGCAGAAGGGAGACUGAUAACUGCGAUUCAGAACGAAACAAAUAGGAGUUUCACAUGUGGUUCACAUCAUGGUCAUUCAGGUGCACUUGAUGAAGACUGGGAAUGGACUCGAGAAUCCACUCGACUACGAGCACGCCAAGUUCUGAGUUUGAUGGUGGAAAGUCUGACACAAUUUUUUGAAGAGAAUGGCCUCCCCAACAGUACCUCCCAUGCCGUACUAGAUGAGCAGAUGUACAAUUUGUAUAUUCUAUUGCAACUUGCAUUAGAACUCACAGAUCUGUUACUGGCCCAGCUUGUUUCAACACGACGAGAAUUAGAGCAUCAGUGGGUCCAUCGUCUUCGCAGCCCUGUUGCUCUGGGUGCUACGACAGCGGCAGGUCAGCAUCAGUCACGAAGGAUGCCAUUCAUGCAUGAAGUACAAGAUACUCAGAGAUCGUGGCAGGCCUACUCGAGACCUGAACAUCUAGAUGUUCCAAGAUUAUCCCCAUACAGAAGACUCCUUCGAUACAGGGAGCAUCCUUACAGUGAGACAGACUUGCUGGCAGAACUAGAUUCUGUGUCUGCCCCAAGCACACGAGGCAGAAGUAACCCUAGAAGGUUGGGAUCAAGAACUGUAAACUGUUUUUCGAGGCAUGGGUCUCACACUGGCAUUGCUGCAGCAUCACGAAUAUGUCGAGGGGGCAGUGGCCGGCCUCUUGUGAGAGGAGUCACACCUCGCAGGGAUAGCAUAGGAGUUCGUUCACUGUCGUGCUUUCGAGAUGGCGGCAUUCAUGUUCGGCCAUAUACUCGGACUGCCGAAAUUCGUUCACAGUCAUAUACAGCACGGAACACGGGACCCCAUUUACUAACAUCUGAAGAACCAGGUGCAGCAUAUGCUCCCGAAAUAAGAUCACCAAAUUUCAUGGUGGGAGCUGGAAAUACUGUUCCUGCUGUUGCAGUGCCUACUUCUGUAAAUCAACAGAAUAAUGAUCAACAACAGCAGCAGCAGCAGCAGCAAGAUGCCUUCACAGUGCCACUUGUUCGAGUGAACGAUGUCCCUAUCACAGACACCUCAAUCUUGAGCCAACCACAGCCCCAACAGAGGCCCCAGUCGCCACCAUCACGACAUCCCUCUCCACAUCUAAGGAAUCCUUUUAUUCAGCAGCAGUCACAACAGGCACAAUCUCCCCUUCGUUACCUUGGUGAUUCAUGGCGAUACCCAGUCAGUCCAGGAGAAGGUUCAUGGCGCAGUGGCUGGCGACCUCGUUUCCUACAUCCUCGAUAUGUUGCUGCACCAAAUCCUUUUGGUGAUGACCAAGAUGAACCUCUUAUUGGACCCUUCAUGGAGAACAUCAAUAUCAUUAGAGAAUUCCUUCCAGAUUCAUUCAUCAUAACUGAUGCGCCUAUGUCACCAAACCACAGACUCCAAGCUUGGGACUUCUCCAGACUCAGCAUACCUGAUAUUAGUAACGCUGACAAGAAUGUGGUGGUAGCCGAAUGCAAGAUCCACAAUGAUGCUAGUGUCGAUGUAUCUAAUGAUGGCCGUCUCUUGGUAACGCUUCUCCCUACAGGACGUUUGGGUACUGCCAUGUUGGGAGUUUACAGUAUGGAGUGGAAUUCCUUGGGCCAGUGUUUGUACAUAGCAAGCUUUGAGCAGAAUGCAGUGUCCGUAAGUCUGUCUCCUACAAGCCGUCAUCUGUUAGUUGGUCUGGCAUCACGGCGAGUGGCAUUGCUGCCAACAGAUCAACACACCAUGGCACAGAUUUUUCGACUGGAAGGUGGCCUCCCAGGCCGACCCAUUGGUGCUCGUGGUCGCCUGUCUCAUAUUCGUGAUAUUGUACAAGAUAGGGAGCAAGGUUACAUGAGUCUCAAUUGCAUCCGGUGGGCUCCUGGCCCAGGGCAGGGACUUGUCUAUGGGACCAAUACAGGGAAACUUAAGCUGUUGAGAUAGUGAGUAUAACCUAGGAUUUUUAUGAUUCUGUUUCGAAGGCAGGACCCAUGAGAGAUACACACAGAGAAGAUAAUUAAACUUUCAUAUUAGUGUAAGAAACUGUUGUGACUGAUGUUUGUUGCUUUGAUAUUCUAGAAUGUCGUUAGUUACAGACAUGCUGCUGUGGUGGAUGGUAAUAAGGCUGAUCGGUGAGAUUUUAGGUUUUGGCAUCAGUGACUAUGAUGUAGUAAAUAUGGUACCGGUAUUUUGGAGGAUCUUCUGCCUCCAUGUUCAGGGGAGCUAUUCUGCCUUGAAGGUGGGGGUGGGGAGAUGCUUGUUUGGAACAUUGGUACUUAUCUACCAAACUACAUGUUCUCAUAUCCCGAAUGGUUGUAAUCUGCAGGGCUGAUCAAUAAGUAUUGGUUGUGCAUUAUUUCUCCUCCACCUGUUAUCAUGUGUGAUCUGGUUUUUAACAUUCAGUGAACACUUUGGUCGCACCAUUCUACACGUUACCACUGUUUUAUAUUAGAACAUGUAUAAUGGAAAAACACUGGAUAGAACAGCAAACUUCCUGCAUCUAUGCAGCCUGUUUGGAAGAACUGUUAUGAUUUUCAGAAAUUUUAAUGUCAGAUGCUUGUUUCUGGGUCAGAUCACUGGGAAAUUGACAGAAUUGUCAAGCAUUUGUUUUCUGAGCAAAUAUAAUGACUAUGAUGAAGUUGAGCUUUGAUAUAGCCCUUCUUCUUGUAAAAUUAAAACUCAUAUAUUGUGUAUCUUGCAUUGUUGCUACAUUCUGCACAUUGUUCCCCCAUUUAUGGCCAAUUCAUAUGCAUUGUUACUUAUACAGGAAUUUGGUUCAGUUAUGAUCUUAUAUACUCACCUGUUUUCAUUUUAUUGUGCACACAGGACUGUUCAGAAUCUUGUAAACUCAUUUGAUUGUAAAAUAAAAUUUAUCGUAGAAGGAA